AUGGUCGUCUACCGCGGUCUCUGUCCUAUCGACAAAAUCCAGGACCAGUGGUCACUGCCCACGUACGCGGCAUUGUUCAUGGCGCCCGGAAAGCAUUUCCUCACAUUCCCAAUCAGUAACAAUAAGAUGUUGAAUGUUGUGGGUUUUGUGUCUACCCCGUGGGAGAAGCUGGGGGAUGUCACGGAGAGUUGGACGCUGAAGGGUGAUAAGGGCGAGGUCGAGGAGCAAUUCAAAGACUUUGCGCCGGUGGUACAGGCGGUGCUCCAGAACAUGAACACGAACCCACUGAAAUGGAUCCUGUUCGAUCGCCCGUCGACGCCGGAAUGGAUCUUCUCCGGGGGCAAGGUGGCUCUUCUGGGGGAUGCAGCGCAUGCAAUGUGCCCCCAUCAAGGUGCUGGCGCUGGCCAAGCUCUCGAAGAUGGCUAUGUUGUCGGACGAGCUCUCGCGGAUCACUUCCAAGAGCCAUCCAGUUGCAGUGUGUCGGACGCUCUACAGCUCUACCAUGCCAUCCGGUACGCUCGUUCGGAGAAAGUGCAGGUGACGUCUCGGCAAGCGGGCGAUCUGUAUGAAAUGAAGAGCCCGGACGUGGCGGGACGGAGCUACGAAGACGGUCUCCCCAUCGUCAAGGCCAAACUGGAGGACCGCAUGAAAUGGAUCUGGAGCGAGGAUAUGGACGAAGUAUACGAGGCUGCCCGAGACGCACGGCGACAAGCCCCCCGGCGUGAUGGACUUCGUAUAUUAUUUAUUGUACCCGGACAUUCAUUAAUGAUAGCAUACCUCAUAAUGAUCUAUUGGCUCUAG